CCCUGUGCCCUGUGGGCGAAGCUGAUGCACAGAGCCAGCUGGUUUUAUUAGAGAAUGCGCCGGGGCCACAGCGGGAAAGAGACAGAGAGGAGAGGCAGAGAUAUAGAGGCAAUAUUCAGAGUGUGUGUUUGUGUGUGUGUGUGUGUGUGUGUGUAUGUGUGUAGCAGCCAGUUAUUACCUUCCAGCUUCUGAACCAAUCAAGAGCCACCACAGAGAGAGAUAGAGAGGGAGGAAGCCCAUUUACAUUCUCAGUCUAUUCCCAGGCACAGAGGUAGACAGUGUGCUUAUUGAAUCAGAGUCCGAGAGAAGGAACGGAAGUGUUGUCUUUAGAGUGGCACAGCUCAUUCUUUCUCAUAUUUGCCGAGUCGUGCAGGGUGAACACAGAUGGACAAGAUGAACCACAGCUCAGCUGAGGCAGAGGCUGAAACCAUAGAACCACUGCGUUACCUCAGUAAAGGGGAGGCGGCAGCUAUCGAGACAGAGCUACUGAGGGACUACAGGUUUGGACAACAGCAGCUGAUAGAGAUUUGGGGACAAGCAUGCGCCCACGCCAUCACUAAGGCCUACCCUCUCAGCUCUCUAUCAAAGAAGCAGCCAACAGUGCUGGUGAUCUGUGGUCCGGAUCAAAACGGCUCCAUCGGCUUGGUGUGUGCCCGGCACCUGCGCAUAUAUGAAUAUGAGCCUACCAUCUACCACCCUAAACGCUCCUCUCAAAGUCUACACCAGGACUUUACAGUUCAGUGUGAGAAGAUGGACAUCCCUUUCCUCUCCUAUCUUCCCACAGAGGUGCAGCUCAUAAACGAUGCCUACAACCUAGUGAUUGAUGCCAUGCUGGGCCCAGAUGCAGACUGUGCCAAUAUUAAGGAGCCCUACCCUGGCAUUCUGGUCACCCUGAAACAAGUCAAGAUCCCCAUUGCCAGUGUGGAUGUGCCCUCAGGAUGGGAUGUAGAAGAACCAAGUCAGGAUGGCAUUAACCCAGAAGUUCUCAUCUCACUCACAGCACCAAAGAAGUGUGCCAUGAGUUUCUCGGGGAAGCAUUUCUUGGCCGGACGCUUCCUGCCCUAUGACAUCCAGAAGAAAUAUGAGCUUAACCUCCCAGACUACCCUGGCACAGACUGUCUUAUAGAAUUGUAACACAUGGGAAACAUAAGAGCCAGUGUGGCCGCUGCUCAUUUUCAAAAACGUACAGUUGAUAUAUUCUCUUGUUUUGUAUUUUAUAGAUUUAAUGUUAACAGCUCAGUUGUGUAGAUCAGGCUACACAUUAGCCAAAUAUACUGUUGAGCUAAAGUAAAAGGAUACUAUUUAGAAGCUGUGGUUUGAGUCUUUUUAGGGAAUGGCAUGAGGAGUUUUUGUGUCAGUCUACUUGUACUACUUGUUUUCUGAUUACUUUGCAAAAGACAGAAAUAACUUUUUCCACAGUCAGAAAAAAGAGAUGAUAUUUCUAUGAUGCCAACCACUGGAAAGUUUUUUUCUUCACAAAAUGUUCAUGUUCUAAUGGUCUUAUGUUUAACUUUCUACUGAAGUGUGCUGCUGAGAUUAGGUGUUGUGUAGGUUGGCCAUUUAGAAUUUUCUGUUUAUGUGUUUUUGGUUUGUUUUGUCAGCCUGCACUUCUGCAUUACUUUUGUUUCAGUUACUUCAUUAGCUGUU